AUGGAACCAUUGCAUAUUUCUUUAUUGACUCCUAGUAUUUUAAAAAAUAAAACUGUUCGAAGAUUCCAUUAUGAAGAACAACGCGAAAUUCGACAGUGGUACAAAACAAACCGAAAUGACUUAUCAGACAUAAGAGACAACCCACAUUAUUGUUACAAGGGUCUUUUUGUUCAGACAGAAUCCCGAAGUUCCAGUUCUAAGAGUGCCUCAAAAAAGAAAAGUAAUUCUGGAAAGAAAUCUAAUAAAGUCUCUAAGUUCUCUAACUCAAAGAGAUCCAGUGAUAUGUCCAGUUCUGGUCAAACGACUGUAAACUUAGAUGAAAAAGGUGAAGAUGAAGAUGAAGAUGCUAUAGAAGCAAAUUCAGUUAUAGAACCCUUGAGAUUCCGAGGACUAUAUACCCGUAACUUAUAUGAUCUUCUUGGAAGAUUAAAACCUAAAUACCAAUCAAAUACAAAAGAGUUUAAGGGCUUUUCUGCUGAUAACUUUUCUGAUAUAGAAAGAAGUUCUGAUUCAGAUGAAGAAAAUUUUUACUCUCCUGCCUUCGAAAUAAAUGAAAACAAUUCCGAAAGUUUAUUAGGCGUUGAUAGCCAAGAGAUUUCUACUUUUCAUCUAUUGAAAGAUCAAAAGAGCCGAAUCUCUAAAAAUUUAAGUAACCCAGAAUUACUUGGUGACAGCUUGAGACGUAAAAAACAAGAUUUGCUUUUUCGUUGCGAGCUAAGUGGAAUUGAAUCUCUCCCUCAGCCUCUCAAGGUAGGAAAGAUUAGACGUGAGAGCCCUCGUGUUCAAAUGCUAAUGAAAUCUCUUAGUUCUACCACUCUUCAAUUUCUUUCCAAAAAUCGUUCCAGAAAUGAUUUCAAAAACAAAAAUAUACCGACCGCUGACUAUAACCAUUUUAAAUUACCACGAGAGGAUGAUGUAUUUAUAAAUUUUCACUCAUGUGCAAAAUUAAACAACAACUCGGGUCAGAAAAUUACUGAAGCUGUGACAGCUAAGCAAAUGGUGGCUAAUAUCCUUUGCAAAUCGAUUCUAGAUAAAAAGUAUGAGUUGGCAAGGCGUGCUCUUGGAAUAUAUGUUAGACAUGACGAUAGUGAUAUGAGAUUGGUUUACAGCGCUGCGUUAAAAAUAUUGGAUUAUAGGAAAACAGAAAAACGCAGCAAUGUUUUAAAUCAAAAUGGUGAUAUCGAGAACGGUGAUGUAAAUGAAAUUUCUGAAGAUGAAGAGCUAAUCAGAUGGAUGAUUGUUGCUUAUCCUUCCAUGAUUGAGUAUUUUCAGCUUAGUCGAAGCUUUCCUAAAAAUAUCGAAUACGCUCAAUUAUACGUAAUGAAAAUGCUUUAUAAACCAGAACCUAGGGGAUACAAUGAAGCAAUCGAUUAUCUGGAUGAUUUAUUAAGAAAAGCACCUUAUCUAGAUGAACCUGUGUUUUAUUUGCUUCGUGCCUUUGCCAACACUCAAAAAGCUUAUGAUGAAAACGCUGAUACAUCAGAAAGAUUAAAAGCAAUUGAUAGUAUUCAGAAUGAUUAUCAAAAUGUUCAUGAAUUAGGAGGUGAAGGGUUUUAUCCCAAAGAUCUUAUUACCUUACAACGAAAAAACAUUGGAAAACUACAAAAGUCUCUAGUUAAUGACGAGGAAAGCAACUAA